AUGCUUCAAGCUUCUGAUUUAGAUGGAGUGAAUGAAUGCACAGAAGAAUACGAUGACUCAUUAACUAGACCACUGAAUGCAGAUGAUGGCACGCCAUUAGCUAGAACAUGGAAAGACCAAACUUCAUUCUUAUGCACUAUUCCAGUUCAACGUGAUGGAGCGGGUAUAUUCUUUAAUGGAUUAGAAACUUUCAACUCACAAGUUACAGUACAAGUGAAAGCUUAUCCAAUCAUUCAGGGUGAAAAUGACACUUACUGUUCAAAGGUGACAAAUCCUCCUCAGGUUUGGUUUACUAGGACUACAUAUUGGACAUGA